AUGCCGAAGCUCACGGAGUUCAAGCCGGAAGAGGACGACGUCGACGAGUAUCUCGAACGCCUCGAGAUUUCCCUUCGAGUGAACGCUGUCAAGACCGAAGACAAGGCGGUGACGCUGCUGAACUACAUCGGGAAAGCGUCGUACCAGGUUCUGAAAACCUUGCUCGUCCCAGACUCGCCGGUAUCGAAAUCGUACGACGUACUUUCCGAGGUGCUGAAACGCCACUACGCGCCCAAGCGCUUAGUGAUUGCAGAGCGCACGAAGUUCCAUUGGAGAAAUCAAGAGGUCGGCGAGAGCCUAGCGGACUUCUCCUUGGCUAUCAAGAAGCUCGCCCAGACAUGCGCGUUCAAGGACUAUCUCGACCAGGUACUCCGGGACCGGCUCGUGGCGGGGUGUCGCGACCCUGAGGUACAGCGGACACUCAUCCAGCUCGACAACGAUUACUUCGACGAGGUUCUGAAGGUGAUGGUGAAGGACACUCCCGGUGUCCACCUUCCGCCACUGCGUCGCCAGAGGUCCAGUAUCAGCGUACGGUAG